AUGUUCAGUCGCUCUCGACGGAGUCAGCGGCAGCGGAUCAACGACGCGGGCCCCCCCCUCCUCGACGACUCCAAGGCCCAAAACAUACACUUUGCCUCGCGCCUGACGGACUUGAGCCUAAUCGUCAACCCCCAGGGCGCCUCUCGAUCACGGCCCCUGGCUGAUGAUCCAUUGUUUCCAGAAAAAGUCAAUCCUUUUCCUGACGCACAACCUCGAGGCCACUUUACCUAUCGACGUGAUUCUCUUGCAGGCUCAGCACCAUCCCUUGUCGGCUCUGCUCCUCGAAGAGUCGGCGGCUUCGAUAACAACGUCAUGGCGAGCACUGUCGAACGGAGCCGCCACCGGCGCGAGAGGACCUUUGUCGGCAGCGAAUGCGCCGUAUGCGAGGAGCCGCUCGAGCACACGCUGCAAGGCGAGCGCAUCCUCCAGUUCUCCUGCACCCACGUCUCUCAUGAGGCCUGCUUCUAUGAAUUCAUCCGCGAGCUCGAGUCGCAAUUCUGUCCAACGUGCGAUGCGCCGCUCCAUCUCGACACCAGCCGCGGCGGCAAUAUCAUCGACAUCAACAAAAUCAGCAGCAUGAUGCGCUCCGCAAGCAGCGAUGCGCGCUCGACGGGCACACCCACACCCACUUGGGACAACCAGACCAUGAGACCACCCAGCGUUGACAGCUCCCAGAGGAACUACCUCCCCCAGCAGUCCACCGGUAACACUAGGGAUAGCGUCACUCGAGGGAGCUACAGGGACAGCCGCGAUGCCCCCAUGUCCGAUCGCUACGGCUCCUCGAGGCAUGCGCGGAGCGACAGCGAGGCUACCGGAGUUGCGUCGAGCGGAUAUCCCGAGACGACGCAGAGCGGCCCGCCGUGGCGUCACGACUAUGACGUGCAGGCCAUGGAGUCUACACCGGGCAGCCCGCGCCCCGUCUCUCGCAACCCCGUCCCGCCUCCGACCGUGACGGUUCGAUCAGAGUUCCCGACCAUCAACAGAUCCCGCCAGCAGCAGACUCUUACCUGCCUCGUCACCAUCGAGGUGCCCGGCAACAAGUGGAGGCCAGACCCCGAGGACAUUGGCGUGCAGUCGAUGCAGCUGCCGCCGGUUAGCGCGCGCAUCGACGAGGUGGCCACCCGGUCCGUAAUCACGCCUGCAUCGAGCCGUUUCUAUCCCUACGAAUCUGCCGAGGUGCUGGAGGAGAUGACGGAGAGCCUGCGGAACCGCGUGGAUAACUGGCACGGCUUGGACUUUAGCAGAUUCGGCCAACUGCGACUGUACGGUACGCUCCGAGUCGGCAAGGACAAGGUCUCUUGGCAGGAGCUGGAAUGCUAUCUCUUCGCCGAGAUGCUCAUAUGCGUCAAGGAAAAGAAGCUACCGCCCCAGUCAUCAACCCAAUGGGACGACAACGGCACUCGAAGGUCCACUCGCUGUACGCUCAAGGGCUCCAUACUCAUCAAGAAGCACCUGAACGAGGUGGCGGAGACGGGAACCAUUGAUGAGAAUGUCCUGACGCUGAGCCUCUCCGUCGCCGAGCUCCCCCAGUUCCACUUGCGAUUCGAAAACCGCAACCAGCUCAAGCUCUGGAACCAAGCCCUCCUCGACCUCAAUGCCAUCGAGGACUCCCCCAUUCGCAGCCCGGACUUUGACCGCGGCGACAUGUCCGAGACAGACGAGGAGGCUGAAUGGCAACGAUCGCGUCCGAAGAGAGUCUCGUCAACGGCGUCCUCUUGGGGCCCCAAGUCCGUGACGACGGCCCCGACCGAGUAUACCAACUUUGCGGCCAGGAGCCCUCACCUGUCCAACGCAAUCCACGUCCCCAUCGAUGUCGUCGUCGUUGUCCCCAUAUCUUCUUCGAUGCAGGGCGUCAAGAUCAACCUGGUGCGCGAUGCGCUCAAGUUCAUGGUCAACAAUCUCGGCGAGAGGGACCGCAUGGGCCUCGUCACUUUUGGAUCAGGAGGGGGCGGCGUGCCCAUUGUCGGCAUGACAACCAAAGCGUGGCCCGGGUGGUCCAAUAUCCUGACCUCCAUCAAGCCCGUCGGCCAGAAGAGCCAUCGCGCCGACGUGGUGGAGGGAGCCAACGUGGCCAUGGACCUGCUCAUGCAGCGCAAGCACAACAACCCCAUCGCCACUAUCAUGCUGAUCAGCGACGCGUCCACCGCCGACGCCGACUCGGUGGAUUUCGUCGUCUCUAGGGCAGAGGCGGCCAAGAUCACCAUCCACUCCUUCGGGCUCGGCAUGACCCACAAGCCGGACACGAUGAUUGAGUUGUCGACGAGGACCAAGGCAUCAUACACCUAUGUCAAGGAUUGGAUGAUGCUCCGCGAAUGCUUGGCUGGCUGCCUGGGAGGCAUGCAGACCCUCUCGCACCAAAACGUCAAGCUCAAGCUCAAGCUCCCCGAGGGCUCGCCGGCCAAGUUCCACAAGAUCAGCGGAGCGUUGCAGAUCACCAAGCGUGCCACUGGCCGGGACGCCGAGGCCAGUCUGGGUGACCUGCGCUUCGGCGAUAAACGAGAUAUCUUGGUCCAACUGGUCAUUGUGCCCGACAGCUCGUCUCAGGAGCAGCUGCCUCAGGAUCCUUGGGACAACAUUGUGUCCGGCCUGGAAGCACUCGGCGGCUCCAUGGACAAUGACGCAGAAAGAGCCAUUUCCGUUGAAGAGGUUCCUCUGAUUCAGGCUGACCUCAGCUGGGGCGACAUUCUGCGAGACAGCACGCUCACGCACAUGCCGCGCCCAUCUCUUCUAGCCAUCACAAUGCUGCCAGCCAGCAUCGGGCAGAAGAAGGCCUGGCAGAACACACCGCCGAUCCCCCCUCACCCUAGCAUCGUCCAACGGCGCAUGGAGCUGCUUACCUCGGACAUGCUUACCCGAGCCCUGACGCUGGUCAGCCGCGGUCAGCACGAUCGAGCGCAUACGCUGUUGAACGAGACGAGGUCUAUUCUCAAGGGCCUCGGCAAGGGUGGCCUGCCCCCCGUCCCUCACUCGGCCAACAAAUCGACCCCUUCGACGCCUCACCCUGCCAGCGAGACGUCGCUCAACACCGCCGGGACGCCCGACCGGAAACGAAGCCCGUCCCCGCCUACUUCUGCCAACUCAUCUGGCGGCAACGGAUUUGCUUCGGCCCAGCUCGGCCGAAGCCGGUCCAACGAAGGCUUCGCCCUCGGCACGGGUAUUGACCCCUGCACCGUGGCCGCCCUGGACAACGAGCUGGAGAGCAGCCUCGAGUGGAUCAACCACCCGGCAGUCUUUGGCCGCGACAGCCGCAAGGCCGUACUGCAGGCCAUUGGCGUCAUCAGCUCGCAGCGUGCGUUUACGUUUCGUACGCCGAUCGAGAGUCUCUGGUCCGGUCGCGUCAACGGCAUCAAGCUCCUGGCAGACAGGAGCCGCGAGUGGCGCGAGGAAGGUGGCGGCGAGGGUGGCAUCAUGGAGGAGGCAUAA